AUCAUGUGAACAAAAACUUUCACAAUACUAGCAGAAGAUUCUGUCUGCAAAAACUCCAUUAUAUUACUUCCUCUUCCUUGUACAUGUACCUGAAUUUUAAAGGGAACAGAAAUUUGUGUAUUCUGAGCUGACGUCACCUGCAUUAUAUUUCAAUGGUUGACAAACAGGAAGAUUUUUUUUAGUGAAACAAAUUGAACAUUGCAAAUAACUCUGAGUGUGAAAAUCUGAACACUUAAAAAAAACCAAAACAAACAUAAUGCCAGUAUGUGGAGGAUGGACGUUCAGACAGUUGGUGCUCGCCAUUGUCAUGGUGAUAACAGGUUCAAUUAACACACUGUCAACAAAAUGGGCAGACAGAGAAAAGGCACCUGGUACAGCCGACAAACCACAUGGAUUUGACCAUCCUUUCUUUCAGGCAGUAGGAAUGUUCCUUGGAGAGAUGAUGUGUAUGGUUGUAUUCCUCGUCAUGUAUUGUUCAGGGAGGGGUGUGACAAACAGACAAAGGGAUGCAAAUUAUUGUGGACUGGGCUACAACCCUCUGAUAUUCUUACCUGCCUCGCUCUGUGAUAUGACUGGUACCUCACUAAUGUACAUAGGAUUGAAUUUGACUUAUGCCUCAAGUUUUCAGAUGUUGAGAGGUGCUGUUAUAAUCUUCACUGCCCUGCUGUCGGUAGCUUUCCUUGGUAGAACCAUCCGAGCCCAGAUGUGGAUUGGUAUAGUCAGUGUAAUCGUUGGUUUGGCCGUCGUUGGUGUGUCGGAUAUCAUUUUCAACACUGACAAGAACAAAGAUACAAAUGGAAUAAUUGCAGGUGAUUUAUUGAUUAUUAUGGCCCAGAUUAUUGUUGCAGUACAGAUGGUGUACGAGGAAAGAGUUAUAAACAGAUUUACAAUACAUCCUUUGGAGGCUGUAGGCUGGGAAGGUAUAUUUGGAUUCACCCUUCUAGGCCUCUUGUUGAUUCCGUUUUUCCACAUUGAUGCCGGAGCCUUCAGUGAAUUGCCAACACACAAAUUAGAUGAUGCUAUUGAUGCCUUCCAUCAACUGGGACAAAACUGGCAAAUUCUUACAGCAACCCUAGGGAAUAUUUUCAGCAUAGCUUUCUUCAAUUUUGCUGGAAUAAGUGUUACAAGAGAAAUCAGUGCUACCACACGAAUGGUUCUGGACAGUGUACGAACAAUCAUUAUCUGGGUUGCUGCCCUAGCGUUAAACUGGCAGAAAUUUAUCCCUCUCCAGAUAUUGGGAUUCGUUGUUCUUAUCAUUGGAAUGAUGUUAUACAAUGAUAUUGGCAUACAGUUUAUAAAGAGGACAAUUCUGACCCGUGUUUUACGGAGACCCUUGCCACCUGAUGAAGACCAGGAGAGAUUGAUCCCAGAGGACAACGCUAAUCGUCGUAGAGGAAAUAUUCAAGAGGAGCCUCAACCUGGUCCAUCAAAUGCUGCUAUAUAACUGUUUUGAUUGGUUCAUUUGAAUUUAUUCUUGACUCGAUUGGUGGUUCAUGGACCAAUAGUAUGUUGAAAACAUUAAUUCCUUGUUAACAUUGAAGAUUGUGAUAUAUACUUUUGAACAAUAUUUUGAGUACUUAAUAUAUACUUGUGAGAAUGGGUGCAAUAUGAUUGUUUUGACAAAGCUGAGACAUGAGAAAGAAUUUAUUUGUUAUAAAACUUUUUGUUUGUAAUAUAUGCAUAAAAUUAUGUCUAUGAUUUGUUACAAAGUUUAGAAUAAAUUAUUUGUUAACCAACUGAUAGAUCAGCCCCUGGUGUGCUUCAAGCAUUGACCACUUAGAAAAAUGAAAAUAGUAAUGUUAACUUAGAAAUUAGUACCAUGUAAAUCAUGGGAUUCAAAUACUGUGAAUUCAUUUUAUUUUUUGUGGAUAUCAAUGUUGGGUGGUUUUAGAAAAAAAUUGUAAUUUUGAUGGAUAUUUGAUUUGAUUUUUGAUUUUUGAUUUUGCCAAAGUCUGCAUUCAAGCCUUAUGAAAAGUUGUUCUUUGUUGAACAUUUUAAUUCAUGGUUUACCUAUAUGCACCAAAUCCACAAAAAAAAGUUUUUCCAUGAAUGAUAAUGAAUCCCUAAUAGUUUAUUUAUAUAAGUAUUUAUCAUGGUGUUCUAUUUAUUGUUGAUUUAGAGGUACAAAUAAAUUUUAUAUUUUCUGACAAUGUACAUAAUAUAUUGUUUUUAUCCUGAAAUUUACACCCAACACUUGAAACUUUAGUUGUUAGAAUCUAAAUCAUUGUCUCUAAUUUUUCAAAGAAAUCGACAUAGUUUAACGCGGACCGCGAAGAGGACCCCAAAAUGAACUGGUACGCAAAAAGAAAUAUCCACAUAACCGCUUGCUCACGAUGGAAGAGGGGUAACAGGAGACUUUAUUUGUACAUGUACAAAUAAAGCAAAAUUUUUUUGUGUACCUGUUAUUUGUACAAUAGUUGGCUGAUUGCAGGAUAAAUAUUUAUAGUUUAUUAACUAAUGAAAUACAUUUUUUUUUCAUUGAUUUGAUUUGUACCAUAUCUGUUAGAACAGUUAAAAAAAAUAUGAAUUAUUGGUCUUCUUACAAACUUUUUAUACAUUACAAAUUUUGGAAUCAACCAAUAAUAGUAUUUCAGGGUAGUUUAGUUCAACCUUAAGUUCAUUUCAAUUCUAUGGAGAUUAUAGAAACCCACUCCCUCUGUCAUGGUUAAUUGACUAUGGAACUUUUUCAGAGUUUUAAAGUUAUAGAUUGUGAUUAGGUAAGAUUAAGGGGAGCCUCUUAUAAUAUUAGUCAAUGAUAAAUUGUAUCAUAUACAUGUAUUAGAUUAUUUUCCUGUCAGUUUUGUUUGCAAUUUAGUGUUUUGAUUUGGAAGUGUUCGAAUUUCAUGUUUCGUGGCCUAGUCCAAAGCAAUACAAUGAACAAUGAAAUGUUAGUGAUAGGUAAAUUUCCAGGUUAAAUGUCUACAGCAAACAUAGUUAAAAUUAGACAAAUGCGAACAUUUCCUGAUUUUCAGUAUUUGGUAUGCAGUUGUAUAUGCAUUGGCAUAUCUCAGUUCCAUGACUUUUUAUUACCUCAGUGAUGGUCCAUUGACUUUGAAGUUUUUGCAUAGUUUUCAUGUUUCAUUUUUUCAACAUUAAUUUCAACUUUUGCAUAAUACAUGUAUUAUCAAAAUUACAUACAGACCAGACAUAUCCCUGUGUCAACAGUUUAUUAAAAAAAAAUUGAAUGAGACUACAGGAAUAUUUUAAUGAUGGUCUUAUUUUAAAUUUAUUUUUUUGUACAUUUAUACUUAAUUAAUAGUUCUUGCCAUAAGCACUGACAUAUUGUAUUGACAUACUAUAAGUAUACUGUAACGAUAAUGACUUGUGUAUUUUACAAUGAGAUUGUUCGACAAACUAUGAAAUUUACUAAGUGUAAAUUACAUUUAUCUGUUUAUGAUCUGUUAUUUGUGGAUACUAUUCCUUAUCUCUGUGCUCCUAUGCCAACAUCCAGCAAAGUAUUUCACAUAAAAUUGUAUUAAAGGCUAUCUUGCAUUUAGGUGUGAUUAUAGCUCCACUUUUAAGAAGAGAACAAAGCAUGAUUUUGUAAUCCAGAAGAGGCUCAAAUUAGGUUUCACUCUAUUCUAUUGUUUUGUGUUUAUGUUCUAUGAGAUUAUUUUUUUUCUUAUGGACAUGGAGAACCAUUUCAGAAAUGUUUAAUUUAUCUUUCAAAAAAUUAAUAUGAAGUUCAAAGGUUGCAAUAUAAUAGCAUUUUGCUUGUGCACAUAACACUCCUGAUAAAAAUAAAAUUUGAUUAAGGUUGCACUGUAAAAAAAGCACAUUAUCAAAAUUAAGUAUACUUAUAUUGUUAAGGUUGGACUGUGAAAAUAUCACAUUGCUUGUUUACGUAGCUCUCACCAAAGUAUAUCGCUUACAAAAAGUAUAUUUACUAAAGGUUGGACUGUGAAAGAAGCACAUUUUUUGUUGCAAAUAGCAUUUACAAUGAAAAUAUGAUUUAAAGAUAUAUUAUGGGUUGAAUUGAAGAGACCUAUUUACUUGUUGAAUAUUCCAUUUAAAAAAGGUUGACAUUUAACCCCAAAUAAGUAAUUCCCUUCCUGUAAUCGAUCUCUCCUACUUGUGUAAAUGAGGGUCUGGAUGGUGUUUAUAAAAUAGAGAAUAUUUGCCACAAAGGAAUAGAGAAAAAAAUUGAAUGAUAAAUAAAGAAUAGAUAGUAAUGGUCAAAAAAAAAAAAAGAAUAGAGAAAAAUUUCCAAUAGAAUAAAGAUUACAGGAAUGAACACCCUCAUUAAUUUAGCCACCGUGGAGCAUUUAUUUAGGUGUAUACCUUGGGUCUUUAAAAUCUUUGGUAUGUUUGGAUCUACAGCGUUCAUAGAUAUAUUUUAAGCUUCUGAGUAACACAGAUUAUUUUACUGCUUUUUUUACACUUUAAAAAGGCAUUUAUGAAACUGGCUAUUACAAAUGCAUUAUUAAUUUUAAAAGACUUAUCUCCCUUAGAUACCCUUGUUAUAUGAUUGGUUAAUUGUUUUUUGCUUUAUUUCCAGUGGCAAAUAUUUUAAUAAUGUUCAGAAAGUUAUGAAUUUAUCUGUUUAUGAUCUUAAUGUAUUACAGGUUAAAAUAGCCCAUAACAUGUUGCAUAUUGCAUACAUGAUGAAAUAUGACUUGACUAUGAUUGUUGGAAAUUAUAUACAAUGCAUAUGAUAUUCAUGACAAUUUUUGGUUGAGCCAAUUUUAUUAUUAUUCUUUAAAGUCAGAAAAACUUAGAUAUUUAAGUUGAAAAUUUGCCAUAUUUAAAAUUGAAUUCCAACUUUCUGGAAGAGCCUAUGUUUUACAUAUAUGAUAUUGACCAAUGAUAAAGAUGCGGACUUUCACACAAUUGGAAAUGAGUAUUUUUGUCAGAAUACAUUUAUUAACAUUGUGAAAUAUUUUAUAAUGAUUAAAAAAACAUAAAGUAUGUACCUAGAUUUUGUAUAGCUUUAUUUGAUUAUCAUAAUUUAUAUUUAUUUACUGUUCUGAGAUUCUGUGAAUUGAUUAUUUAUCAUUAUUAUAUCAAAAAAAAAUGUUUUGUCUUCUUCAAAAUACGUUUUCCCAAACUUUUCUUGGAAUAUUAUUUUUUUUUUUUAAGUUGAUUUAAAAAAAUGCCAUAAAGUUUUGGCUUAAAAACUCUUAAAAAAAUUCUGAAAAUGCUUGGAAAAAAUAACACUUACUAAUUUUUUGGUGCAUAUAUUUGUUAUAUAAAUUUUUUAUUUUUCAUUUUACAGGAGAAAAGAAAACUAAAGUUAGUGUAAUUAUAUCGCUGAACCAUAUCGAAAUUCUCCAAAAGGUCAAAUUGAAUGUUGACCAUUUUUUUUGCAUGGAAAGAUAUGAUAAACAAAGUAUUGCCUGUUGAUUUGGCAGGGUAACAUUAAGUCCAAAACAAUCUUUGCAUGUCUAACAAUCAGAUCAUUUUUUGGCAUGGAAAGAUUUAAUGUACAGUGCAAAACAUUGUCUGUUGUCUUAGCAGGGAGAUAUUUAGUCAAAAGCAAUCUCUGCAUGAUCAUGUCAUACAAUCAGAAACGAUUUAUGCAGUCAGACUUAACAAUGUUGGAUUACAUAAAAUUUAGAGAGAGACAAUUUUUACAAAUGAUAAUAUUUGUAUUAUUCUGUUAACUAUAUAGUAAUUUUGUAUCUUUAUUUGUAAAAUAAUAUAUUUUUGUUAUUUGUUAGUACAAAACAAAAUUUUUGUAUGUAAAUGAAAAAAAAAAAUAAUAUAAAUGCAUUUUUAUA